AACUAGGAGCUGUAUAAAAGAGAGUGCCUGGCCAGCUAAAGAGUUAGUUGGGGAUUAAUUGCUGUGCUGUGAAUUGUGGAAAAGUGCCUUACCUUAGCACAGCACCGAGGCGUCAAAGAAUUAUUCUCGGGAGUAACUUUGAAGAAGAUUUUUGUAUGAAGUGCAAGUGAUUUGAGAUGCAUCACAAAAUGAGUGCAAGUGCUAUUUUUCAGGCAACAAUUAUUGGAAUUUUAUUGUUGGAAUGUUCAGCUCUUUCAGUUCGUGCCCAAAAUGACCAAAGAUCAUUUCCAUCGGAUUUUCUUUGGGGAGUGGGCUGUUCGUCUUAUCAAUUAGAAGGGGGAUGGAAUGCGGAUGGCAAAGGUGAAUCAAUUUGGGAUCACCUGACUCACAAUCAUCCAGAAAUGAUCGCGGAUCAGAGCAAUGGAGACAUUUCUGCAGACAGCUAUCACCAGUGGCGAAGAGAUGUCGAGAUGGUAAGAGAAAUGGGUGCCCAUAUCUACAGAUUUUCCCUAUCCUGGAGUAGGAUUAUGACCACCGGAAUAGUCAACACGGUCAAUGAGCCUGGUAUCCGUUACUAUAGUGACUUAAUUGAUGAACUAUUGCGCUAUGAUAUCACACCAAUGGUCACACUGUAUCAUUGGGAUCUGCCACAGAGGCUCCAGGAGAUGGGAGGCUGGACAAAUCCUGAGAUUAUCAAUUACUUUGCGGACUAUGCCAGAGUGGUUUUUGAGCGAUUCGGUGACCGUGUUAAAUUCUGGACAACAUUCAAUGAACCACUGCAGGUGUGUGGAUUUGGUUAUGGACAGGCCAGUAAGGCACCAGCUUAUGCUUUUCCAGGGAUACCUGAGUAUUUCUGCACACACAAUUUGCUGAAAGCUCAUGCGGAAGCUGUUCACUUGUACAGGGAUAGCUUCCAGCCGACUCAAAAUGGUAUAAUUGGUAUAACUCUGGACUCAUCGUGGCAAGAGCCAAAGACUGAUAGUGAUGAUGAUAAGGAGGCUUCCGAAUUGGCUUUGCAAUUCUACCUCGGAUGGUACGCUCAUCCAAUCUUCUCCGCAACAGGAAACUAUCCUCAAGUAAUGAUUGAUAGGAUAGACGCUUUAAGUAUGCAACAGGGUUUCCCAAGAUCCCGUCUACCAAAGUUCACUCCUGAGGAAAUUGAGAGGAUCAAGGGAACGUCUGAUUACUUUGGGCUUAAUACCUACACAACAUCUUUGGUGACGAAGAAUGAUCAGAGCAAUUCAGCUGGCUUCGGAGUUCCAUCCUUCCAGCACGAUGCGAACGUUGUUGGAAGUGCGGAUCCAUCCUGGCCAAGAGCUGCCUCCGUGUGGCUUCGUGUGGUGCCAUUUGGAAUGCACAAAUUGCUGAACUGGAUCCGGAAUGAGUACAACAACCCUCCAGUUUACGUGACUGAAAAUGGGUAUUCAGAUUUUGGGGGCACGAAAGAUCUUGAGCGUGUCAAUUACUACAAUUCCUACCUCGAUGCAGUCCUCGAUGCCAUCGAGGAUGGCUGCAAUGUUAAGGGAUACGUUGCUUGGAGCAUCAUGGACAACUUUGAGUGGAUGGCUGGAUACACUGAGAGAUUUGGCCUCUACCAUGUCGACUUUAACGAUCCAAAUCGAACGAGAGUGCAGAAGACGUCUGCAAAGGUAUUCGCCAAGAUAAUUAGCACUAACAAAAUCGAUUGGGAUUAUGUGCCGGAACCAGAAGUAUUUAUACCAUCGGAGCCCAGUAGUUCUACCCAAAUUUCCUUUAGCUUUUCUCUGCUCAGUAUUGCCCUCAUUGGGAUCAUUUGGCGUAUGUGAACCAUAAAUCAAAAAUUAAAAAAGUACCUAUAAUAGUUUCGCUGUCGCUAUUUUAUAGAUUAGCUCUUUAGAAAUGUUACUACACUGAGAAAAAAGAGGGUGCGAUUAACUUUUUUUCCUCAGAACUUUAACACUUUUUAGAUGUAAAAAUAUAUCAAGAUUUUUUUAUUUUAAUUUUACACCUUUUUAAGGGUAAAAUUAACAUGAAAAAGGGUAAUUUUAACCCCUAAUAUACCUGAAAAGGAUAAUAUUUACACCGAUUUUGGAUCAAUCUGCAGGGUAAAAUUAACAUUUCCGGAAUGUUAUUUUAACUUUUUCGGAUUUCUUCAGUGACAAAUAUUUCUUUUCAAUUACUUUAAUUUUUGACUAAACUAUUUUCCUUUCGUGAUAUUUUUUUAAACUUGGUAUUCCCUUGAAUACCUAAAAGAAAAUGCAACUAGUCCAGGAUUUUGAAAAUACGAUGGGACUGUUUUUAGAUUUUUGUUUGUAAAAAAUGAAAUGUUUUUUCUUAUUUUUCAUUUUUAAAUUGAUUUUUUUAAUCGAAAAUUGCCUAUAGAAUGGCAUUUUUCAUGAUCCUUCUUUGAUUUUAUGAAUUUGAUAUUCAACAAAAUAUCAAUUUAAUGUUUGAAUCAAUUCCACUGGCAAAGAAAAUCUAAAGUUUAUUUUUUUUAUUAUGAAAGAUCAAUUAGGUUUAAAAAGAAGUGCCAUAUUUUUUUUUAAAUUGUUAAUAUUUACAUAAUAUUCAAAAAACAUUAUCUAUAAAAUAUAAUAAUUACUAAUAAUAAAAUAUAAUUAUGUGGAAAGAAUAUUAAUUGUAUUCGAGGUGUGUAUUAUGUACUAAUAGACAAAAUUAGAGAAAUAAAAUGUUUGUGUUUUAUUUUUUAA